AUGUCUGGGUUAAUAAACAUAUCUGAAGUGAAUUCCAUGAAGGAAAAUGAGUUCCAUCGGGUAUUUGGGAAUGUUAUAGAGUUGUGUGAGUCUGCGGCGGUCUCUGUGAAGGAUACGCGUCCAUUCAAAGAUUUACCUGACCUCUGUGCCGCCUUCAACAAAUAUUUAGAUGAUCUCAACCUUGAAGGUAAGAUAGAGAUUUUGAAAUCGCAUCCAGAUUUAGCGGGUCGACUGGCAGCUAGAAACGAACUAACUCGUGAGUCUGCAAAUGAACAACGUUCUGCUGGUCUUACAGAUUUAACACUUGAACAGAAGUCUAUAAUUGAAGCUAACAAUGAGAGGUACAAAACCAAAUUCGGUUUCCCAUUUAUAAUAUGCGCGCGAGAAAAUAAGGUGCAAUCUAUUAUUGAAGGUUUGCAAAGCCGUUAUAAUAACUCAAGAGAACAGGAAAUCAUAACGGGGAUUAACGAAGUUAAGAAAAUUUGCAGAUUAAGAAUCCUUGACAUUGUAAGGAGCGAGGAAUAA